GUUACCAGAGACCCAACACACACCAACAGAGUGCACCAACAGUUCAAGAGAGCCAGGGUACGUUUACCGGCAAUUAAGGGGAGUGGAAAUAUUUAAGGGGGAAGUAUUUUGUUUAUCCAUAGACUUUUCUUGAAGGAUAAGUAGCGCAAGUGUCAGAGUUUUGGUUACUUUUCUUUGCGCGUCCGGCAAUUAAGGCAAGUGACGCAGCUGCGUAAAAGCCCGGGCAUGUGUUGCAUGUGAAAGGAGACGGAGUUCAGAGCCCAGGGUUGCAGAAAAGGACAGAUUGAGAAUAGACCAAGACCACUUCACACACCAUGAAGGAAGAGGACUCUGGCAAUCAGAGUCUGAAUACAUUUGGGACUCGACACUGCAUGUCUGGCAGCAAUUAUGGCAGCAAAGGAAAGAUGAUGAGGACACUAUCCCUUCCAGUGGUCGUAUUAGUGGGGUUAAUGUUGCUGGCCAUCAUCCCUUUUGGAGCAAGCAUCAAACAAAGUGUCCCCAGGGUCAAACUCAGCCACAGAGAAUUGCUGCAAGCUAGUAGUGUAUCUCUGUUUUUGGGCCCCUCUGAGGGCCUCCACUCCCAUUCACUGCUGUUGGAUGAAGAAAGAGGUCGUCUCCUCUUGGGAGCCAGGGAUCACAUCUACCUGCUUGAUCCAGAUAAUCAGAACAGAAAUCCAAGAAAGAUUUACUGGCCUGCCUCUCGGGACAGAGUGGAGAUGUGCAAACUGGCAGGAAAAAAUGUGAACCUGGAGUGCGCAAACUUUGUCAGGGUCCUCCACAACUACAAUCAAACGCACGUCUAUGCCUGUGGGACAGGAGCCUUCCACCCCACCUGUGCGUUCAUUGAAAUUACCGGGCGCAGAGAGGAUGGUGUGUUCCAACUGCUGUCUAGCACUUUGGAGUCUGGCAGACUGAAAUGUCCUUUUGAUCCCUUGCAGCCAUUCACAUCAGUCCUCUCAGAUCAGUAUCUGUAUUCAGGCACCGCUUCAGACUUCCUGGGUAAAGACACAACGUUCACACGCUCCCUAGGCCCUCCACCCGAUCAGCACUACAUACGCACAGACAUCUCUGAAGACUACUGGAUCAAUGAGGCCAGGUUUAUAUCUGCUCAGCCCAUUGCAGACACCUACAAUCCAGAUGAUGAUAAGAUAUACUUUUUCUUCCGUGAAGUGUCCUGGGAGGGCAACGACAAGAGCAUCCUGUCCCGAGUGGCUCGUGUGUGCAAGAAUGAUGUGGGUGGGCUGAGGAGCCUGACCAACAAAUGGACCACCUUCCUCAAAGCCAGGCUUGUGUGCUCUAUCCCUGGACCCGACGGAGUGGACACACACUUUGAUGAGCUGCAGGAUGUCUUCUUGCUCCCUAACAGAGAUGACAAAAACCCAACAGUGUAUGCGGUCUUCACCACCACCAGCUCCAUUUUCCAUGGUUCAGCAGUAUGUGUGUACAGUAUGGCAGACAUAAGGGCUGUGUUUAAUGGACCUUACGCCCACAAGGAAGGACCCGACCACCGAUGGGUGGAAUAUGAGGGGAGGAUACCAUAUCCCCGUCCCGGAACAUGUCCAAGCAAAACAUAUGACCCGAGGAUUAAGACCACUAAAGACUUUCCAGAUGAGGUGAUCAGUUUCAUUCGCUUCCACCCUCUGAUGUACCGCCCUGUGUAUCCGCUGACUGGUCGCCCUGUGUUCACACGUGUCCGAGUAGACUACACCCUGACGCAGAUUGUGGUGGACAGAGUUUUAGCAGAGGAUGGACAAUAUGAAGUCAUGUUUCUUGGAACAGAUGUUGGUUCAGUUCUGAAGGUGGUGAGCAUCACUCAAGAAAACUGGCCAACAGAGGAAGUGGUGCUUGAAGAACUUCAAGUUUUCCAGAGUCCCAGUCCCAUCCUCAGUAUGGAAAUGUCUUCUAAACAGCAACAGCUGUACGUGGGUUCAAGUGAGGGUCUUGCCCAGGUUUCACUAAGUAGAUGUCACCUCUAUGGACAUGCCUGUGCUGAGUGCUGCCUGGCAAGAGACCCCUACUGUGCCUGGGAUGGACAUACCUGUUCAAGAUACAUUCCUGCAUCAAAGAGGCGAGCCAGAAGACAGGACAUCAAGAAUGGAGAUCCAGCCAGUCAGUGUUGGGACACAGAAGAUAGUCUGAGUGGGAGACAAGUGGAGGAAAGAAUCCUGUUCGGUGUACAGAACAACUCCACCUUCCUGGAGUGUAUUCCCAAAUCUCAGCAGGCCCAGAUCCGGUGGUACAUACACAGACCUGGAUCUGAACGCAGGGAGGAGGUCAGACUGGAUGAUCGUCUCGUACACACAGAUCGGGGUCUCCUGAUUCGUUCACUCCAUGCAUCUGAUGCUGGGGUGUAUAUCUGCGUAGCUCAAGAACACACCCACUUCACCCACACUCUCCUUCGUCUCAAUCUUCAACUUGUAACACAUGGACAACUGGACAGUAAGACCAAGGCCAACGAAGACCCGGUGUUUGAGCCACGUCACGGAGGGGAGUCCCGGCAGCGUUACAAAGACUACCUGAGGGUGAUGAGCUCUCCCUUCAGGUCUCUGGAGGAGUACUGUGAUUCACUGUGGCUGGAGAAGAGGCCUUCGAGGGCGCGAGGACGAGGCUUAGGAGCAGGAAAAUGGAAACACAUCCAGGAAAUGAAGAAGAGCAGGAAUAGGAGACACCACACAGGGAGGGAGGAAGAGAGAGAAAAACAGGAGCGAGGAAGGGUUGUGAGGACAGCAGAGAAGUGAGAAAGAUGUGGUAAAAAAAAAAAAAAAAAAAACAUUCAGGGUUUGUUACACAGGUGAUACAGUUGGAAGGUAAAGCAGAUGUUACACAAAACUGCGAAAA